AUGGAUAAUAAUCUUCAUCCCUCGGGUCCAGCACCUGCUGAAGUGCAUUCCAACGAAGAAGAAACCCUCAAACAAGGGGGUUUCGUGAAUCUGGCUGAAGCUGAUCCUGUCAAUGAAUCUCAGUCAUUGUUUUCAUUCUUUCGCCGUCGCCACACCAAGAACGACCCCGAUGCCACUGCCACAACUCGCAGCGUGUUUGAUGACCCUGUCUUGGCAAAAUUCUACACGCCCCAUCCUGGUUACGAGAACCUGCACCGUUUCGAUCCCGAGGCAAGAUGGACAUAUCGCGAAGAAAACCGAAUUCGACGAAAGGCUGACUGGACAAUUCUUCUCUGGAUUCUCGUCAUGUUCUUUGGUCUCAAUCUUGACCGAGGCAAUUUGGCAAACGCCGCUGCCGAUAACCUGCUUGAUGACCUGAAGCUGACCACCGACGAUUACAACAACGCACAAAAUAUGUACCGAAUUGGAUUUUUGAUCGCAGAGAUCCCAUCGCAGAUGGUCGGGAAACGACUGGGACCGGAUCGUUGGAUUCCUGUUCAAAUCAUACUGUGGAGCCUCGCAUCAGGUGGACAGUUCUUCAUGCAGAAUCGCGCUGGGUUUUUCGCGUGUCGAUUUUUACUGGGAUUCUUCAUGGGUGGUUUCAUUCCAGACUCCAUUCUAUAUCUGUCCUAUUUCUAUACGAAGGCUGAAAUGCCAUUCCGUCUCGCAUUAUUCUGGUUUACUGAUUCCAUGUCCGGUGUGAUCGCAUCUUUUAUUGCAUAUGGCGUAUUGCACAUGCGUGGUGUUGAUGGGCGUGAGGGCUGGAGAUGGUUGUUCUUGAUCGAGGCACUCAUCAGUCUUGUCAUUGGCUUCCUGAGCUUCCUAUUUUUGGUCCCCGGUCCGACUCAAACCAAGACAUGGUGGAAUCCGAAGGGAAUCUUCAACGAACGAGAGGAAACCAUCAUUGUGAACCGGGUCCUGCGUGACGACCCUUCCAAGGGAGAUAUGCACAAUCGACAAGCACUCACACUCGGUAUGCUUUGGCGAAGUUUGAAGGAUUUCGAUCUGUGGCCCGUCUAUAUCCUUGGAAUUCUUUUCGAAAUUCCCACGUCGCCUCCAAAGACAUACCUCACUCUUUCACUUACCGGAAUCGGAUUCACCACUUUCCAAACAACUCUUUUGACAAUCCCGGUCACCGUCUUUGCUGCAAUCAACCUGCUUUUGAUCACGGAAUUGAGUGUGCGGGUGAAUCAAAUUUCCCUUAUCGGCCUCUUCGCCCAACUUUGGUCCCUUCCGUUCCUCAUCAUCCUCUAUACUUCGGCGGGGACUUUAUCUCACUGGGGUCUAUACGCGGUUUCGUUCGUUCUACUGGGGUGGCCAAAUCCACAGGCUGCUCAAGUUGGAUGGUGCUCCCGUCUGAGUAACUCAGUUCGAACCAGAGCAGUCAGUGCUGCUCUGUUCAAUAUUAUGAUUCAACUCUCUGGAAUUGCGUCUUCCAACAUUUACCGGUCAGACGACAAGCCGCUAUAUCGCCGAGGCAACAGGCAGCUCAUUGCAAUUAACGUCGCUGCCAUUAUAGCCUAUGCUCUUGCUAAGGUCUACUAUGUCAGCCGGAACCGUUGGAAGAAGACACAGUGGGAUAAAAUGGAUCACCAAGAAAAGGCUGUGUACUUGGAGACAACUACCGAUCAGGGAAACAAGCGCCUGGACUUUUAUUUCGACAGCUAA